AUGGUCGCCAACAAGCAACUCGCCGCAUUCUUCUACACCUCGCGUGGCCAAGGCCUCUUCAGCUGCAACUUAUGUAACCGCGUGCGCAAACAGUUGGCUGGGUCAGGUUACUCCAAUCUGGUGGCACACCUGGCAUCGAAGCACGCUGACUACGAGGCAACGUACGCAUCGCUCCAGGCCAGCUCGGACCGACCUCUUCAAGCGUUCGGCUUCGUCGCAGGUGAAGCCAGCCAUCUCUUCCAAUGGGUCCGUUGGAUCAUCGAACGCAACAUGCGCGUCCACGAAAAGUGCAUGGAGGGGAUCGCAAUUAAAGUCGGCGAGAAGCUGGGGAAAGAGAUGGGAACGCUCUUCGCCCUGAUGUUUGACGGCUGGACCCACGCUGGCAUUCACUAUGUUGCUCUCUACGCCGUCUACGAGACAGCUUGUAAGCUGCGCAUACCGCUACUUGGUAUGUCUCCCCUUGAAGAUGGCGAUCAGACGGCAGACGCCCACAUCAAGCUGUUCAAGAACAUCUUGGAUGUGUACGACCAGACCAGCGACAUGGUGGGGUUUCUGGUGGGGGACGACUGCGCAACUAACCAGUCCAUUGCAACCAAGAUGGGUAUCCCCCUCGUCGGCUGCGCCAGUCAUCGUUUCAACCUGGCUGUGAGCAAGUUCGCGGAGCCGUAUGGGGACUUACUGGACGAAGUCAACAGCCUUACGGUGGAACUUCGUCAUGAAAACAACCGUGCCGAGCUGAAGAAGUACACCGAUCUCGUCCCUAUCAAGCGGAACGUCACGCGUUGGUCCUCGACGUUUACAAUGGUGGAGAGGUACAUUCGUAUUCGCGCAGAGAUCAAGACGGUCAACGCCGUGGAGGAAAUGGUCCCAACCGGCGGGAAGCACCGGAAGUUGGUCGCGCUGUUUGAGCACCUCAAGAAGUUCGAGAGCGUCUGUAAGCGGCUUCAGCGCGAGGACACCGAUAUGGGAGAGAUACGCCUGAUGUUCGACUCCCUCAUCGCGGAGUACCCUGUCAUGUCAGAGCAUCUGAAGUCGACCGCCAAGAUCGUCCAUACGCCUGCAUUCGAAUCGGGUGUUGUCAAGCGGCUUUUCUCUCAGUGCAAGCUGGUAUUGACACCGCACCGUCGAUCUAUGCUUCCGGCCAACUUCGAGCAGCUUGCGUUUCUCCAGGUCAACGGCGGCAUGUGGGACGUUUCCACAGUAGCCCGAGUUAGCAAGCAGCAGGGUAGCUAA